AUGAUACUGUCUUCUCGUUUAUUCCAGAAUGUUCGGGGAACGGAUAUUGGCAGCAUUUUCAAAUCUGCCAUGGCACGAGUUAGCUCUCAGACUAUGAUACUAACAGCGGGAACAGGGGCCAUCUCCUCGGAGCUUCACGGAAUGACCCUCUCUUCGGUUUGCUCGCUAUCGGUUCAUCCAACUCCUCUCUUGCUGUUCAACCUACAUUUACCCAGCUACACAUCGAAAACCCUUCAUGAAUGCGAUGGAAUUUUAGGUCUUCAUGUCAUGCCUCCUACGAAAAAGGCUGUGAUGUUGGGGAGAAAAUUUGCCGGAGGUGUCAAAAGAGAUACAUCCCACUUUGAUGCCGAAAGUGAAGAUGGUGAACCUUUUCAUGAGAUGACUACUCCAUUCAAGGGAUUAUCAGAUGCAUAUUCAAUGCACAUGACAAGCAAAGGUAUUUAUGUGCCCAUCUUGAAAGAGCUGGAAGUGGUGUUUCUUUGCGCAAAACAUAGAGUUUUCACAGUGGAUAAACAUGAAUUAUGGGUAGUGAGGGUUGAUGACAUUCUUUUUCCCAACAAAAACUACGAUUCGAAAUCCUCUGGGGGACUUUUGUAUUUCCAGAGAGGAUUUCGUCAAUUGGGCCAACUGCUUUCUGAGUGA